CCUCAGCCGGCAGGGCAGACAAGCUCAGCCGGGAUGUGAAGCCUUGGUGUCUGUAGUGUUACGUUGGUUGGCAGUGCAGCCGAAGAGCACAAUCCAAACAUUUUCAUCAUUUUAGCUCUUCUUGAGCGGGGGAGUUGAAAUAAAAUAACCAAAUCGAAGCAUGUAGUUGUGUGGGUGAAGUGAGUGGGCAGCAAGCUAGCCCUUAAUUGCACAAGUUGGCCAACGUGCUAACCUUAACUUACCAGUCAUCUCAGCAACUUGCUAGCCGUGUUAGCCUUAGCAACAUUUAAUAAUCAGUUUCUGUGUGAUGUUAGCCAGGUUGCUUGCUAACAAAGGCGCUAUUUACGUGACGCUAUGGGGCGCAUCUCCCCUGGGAUUCAUUCAGGUGUGGGGAUUUUAAUCAGCAUUUGAUGCAUCUCGGGCUAUCUGAGUCCAUGAGAGAGUGCGAGUACAGCCAAAUAAGUACUCGCAGCUCCACACCAAUGGAGACCCCUUACAAGAAAAGGAACCCAAAGAGGAGAAAGUGGGAGUCCUUCCCAGGUCGGAAUAAAUUUUACUGCGAUGGGAGGAUUAUGAUGGCCAAGCAGACAGGGGUUUUCUACCUCACCCUUGUCCUUAUUCUUGUGACUUGUGGACUUUUCUUCACCUUUGAUUGUCGGUUCCUGGCACUUCAGUUGACCCCGGCCAUCCCAGUCAUAGGAGGUGUGCUGUUUCUGUUUGUAUUGGGGACACUGCUGAGAACAAGCUUCAGUGACCCAGGGGUGCUGCCCAGGGCCACCCCAGAUGAAGCAGCUGAUCUUGAGAGGCAAAUAGAUGUCGCUAAUGGCAGUACAGGCUACAGGCCUCCUCCUAGGACCAAGGAGGUGGUUAUCAAUGGCCAGACAGUCAAACUGAAGUAUUGCUUCACCUGCAAGAUCUUCAGACCACCACGUGCCUCCCACUGCAGCCUGUGUGACAACUGUGUGGAGCGUUUUGACCACCACUGUCCCUGGGUGGGGAACUGCGUGGGAAGGAGGAACUACCGUUUCUUCUACAUGUUCAUCCUCUCGCUCUCCUUCCUCACCAUCUUCAUCUUCGCCUUUGUCAUCACACACAUUAUUUUACGCUCCCAUCAAAAUGGGUUCCUCAACGCACUUAAAGAUAGUCCUGCCAGUGUGCUGGAGGUGGUGGUGUGUUUUUUCUCUGUCUGGUCCAUAGUGGGCCUCUCAGGCUUCCAUACCUACCUAAUCAGCUCUAACCAGACCACCAAUGAAGAUAUAAAAGGUUCAUGGUCCUCCAAAAGAGGGAAGGACAACCAUAAUCCCUACAGCUAUGGCAAUAUAUUCACCAACUGCUGUGCCGCACUCUGUGGACCCCUGCCACCCAGUCUAAUUGACAGACGGGGCUUUAUCCAAUCAGACACACCACAGCUGGCACCACCAACCAAUGGCAUCACUAUGUACGGGGCCACCCAGUCUCAGCAGAGCCACAUGUGUGACCAAGACCAGUGCAUUCAGAGCACCAAAUUCGUUUUGCAGGCCGCCACCACCCCUCUCCUCCAGCAGCAGAGCAGCGAGCCGGUCAUCCUGACAGCUUCCCCUGAAAAUGGAGGCUCUCUACCCGGCCGCACCUCCCUCACUCUGACUGGUCCGUGCACCUCACUCCCCCUCGGCCAGCCCACACCUCCAACGUCCAACCCAAGCCUCAGUUGCCACGAGGCCACCGACAUGUUACCAAUCCACGGACACAGCCACACACACAACCACAGCCACCCCCUCCAAGAGCCGAUGGCCCACCACUUUCUUACCCCAGAGGAAGUGCCCUCACCACCAGGUAUGUUGCCCUGCGGCAGCCCCCUGGGUCACAGCCAAACCAUGCAGGCAGGCUUCUACAACCCAGCCAGCCAGGACUCACUACAUGAGGACUCCGUCAGAGGAUUGGUAAAGCUAAGUUCCGUCUGACAAUGGGAUAUAUACCCCUUCCUCCUGAAAACGUGCAUCCAACCCCUGAAACUCUCCUGUACCACUUUUGGACCACCUCGCUCUCCCCAUGAACUUGUUUCCCUUUCUUUCCUCAGCCCGACUUGAGAACUGAAAAGAGAGGCUGUGGUUUAAAUUCAGCUGCUAGAAACUGUGGAAUAUAACUGAACCGAAGUGAAACCAGUUGUCCUCAGCCAUUGUCUUGCCAAACCUCUCCACUGGAACUGAGAGAGAUGGGUCCUUGUGUGGUGGAGUGUAUGACAACUCAGACAUACAGAAGCAUAAUCCAUCAGCUCCUGGAGACAGGACAGGGGAGUUUCUUUUUCAAAGUGGCGUAUGUCUGUGAGCCAUUUCGAGCCAUUUCAAGCCAAAAAAAAGUACGUUUUGACAGUAGAAGACAUUUCUACUGGUCAGAAGGCUGGAUUUCUGUCAAUGAAUGGAUCACAGGAGUGACAGGUUUUUUUGUAAAACAAACUCUAGCCUAUUUGCCUGUUGCUGAUUGAACUGUGUUUUUUGCCUUUUUUUUUUUCUUGGACAUUCUCAGCAGUGCAAUGGUUGAUGUCAUCAUGUUGCAUAUCAUCCUGCUUUUUCUAUGUUUAAAAAAAAAUGUUGUACUUAACCAUGGUUAUUACAACUCUUACAAAUUAUGUAUUUCCUGUGGAUAUUAAUAAAACAAACUUUUUAUCAGAUAUGAUUUCAUUAAUUUUAAGGUUUAGAAGGCAUAAUUCAUGUAUGUGCUAAUGUGAGAGUAAUGUGGUGCUAACAUUUCCUUUAAAGUUCAUCUUGUGACCAAAGCCUGUGGCCAAUAGACGUAAAUG